AUGCACAGAGCUACUGAUCGAAAGUUUCAGUUUGGCUUUUAUACCCCUCAACGUACUGGAAAGACUGAAGAGUUCGAUUCAUCGCCAGGGUAUAUAACAGAUGUUGGCAAGUUUUCUCUCACCGAUGAGCUCCUAUAUCUGUGUCCUUCGGACCUGGAAAGAUUCCUAAGCCAACCCCAGUCAGGACGGAUUCACAAAGCGGAAGACAGCGCGAUAGAGUCGGCGUUAAAAUCUGGCCGAGAUGUCAUUCCUGGUGUUGUGGAAGGUGGCCUGACUGUUUGGGAUGGAAGUAAGCAGUUGAUUGCCUACCUAGCCCGAAAAUUUUCUCCCAGUGUGUUCUGUGGUCGGCGCGUUCUGGAACUUGGCUGUGGAUGUGGACUGCCUGGCCUCACAGCUCUGAAGUAUGGUGCUUCUGUGGUAACGUUUCAGGACUACAAUCAUGAGGUGAUAACUAAUUGGACGAUCCCAAACGUACUGCUCAAUUUGGGUUCCACGCUUGACGCAGAGACCUUGCGAUCAUCUGUUAAUUUCUACAGUGGUGACUGGGUGCAAUUAGCACGCAGAUGGGAGUCGGAUAGAGAACAACCGUAUGACAUUAUAUUAACGGCUGAAACAAUAUAUCGACCAGAUCUAUACGACCGUCUGUUACGAGCCGUAGCUGCGACACUGAACAAGGAUGGUUCCGUAUUCCUUAUGUGCAAAGCUGCCUACGGACCUGGUGGUACACUGUGCGACUUUGUAGAAGCUGUCGAUGCCAGUGGGCUAUUCAGGCCAGAGGUCACUGAGAUCCAGGAAGACGGUGCGGUCACAUUUAUUGUACAGUUGACAUGGAAAUAA